AUGUCGUUUGCUGACCGGGAACAGCCGAGAACUCUUUGCCUUUUCGACGUCGACGGGACGUUGACCCCCGCCCGGUUGACCGUCUCCGACGAGAUGAAGAAGACCCUCGCCGAGGUGAAGAAGAAGUGCGCCAUUGGUUUCGUCGGUGGCUCCGACUUCGAGAAGCAAGUCGAACAAUUGGGGCCCAACAUCUUGCAAGAAUUUGACUACUGCUUCUCGGAAAACGGGUUGACCGCCUACAAGCACGGGCAGAAGUUGGCGCUGCAGCUGUUCAUCGGCUGGUUGGGCGAAGACAAGUACAACCGGUUGGCCAAGUUCAUCUUGCGCUACCUCUCCGACUUGGACUUGCCCUUCCGUCGUGGUACUUUCAUUGAAUUCAGAAACGGGAUGAUCAACGUGUCCCCCGUGGGUAGAAACGCUUCUACCAAGGAACGUAAUGACUACGAAGCUUACGACAAGCAACACAACAUCCGCGAAACCAUGGUGAAGGCGUUGCAAAAGGAAUUCCCCGACUUCGGCUUGACAUACUCCAUUGGUGGCCAGAUCUCGUUUGACGUGUUCCCUACCGGCUGGGACAAGACCUACUGCUUGCAAUACGUGGAAAAGGACUUUGACACUAUCCACUUCUUUGGCGACAAGACCUACAAGGGCGGCAACGACUACGAAAUCUACAACGACCCCCGCACCGUCGGCCACGCCGUCACCUGCCCCGAGGACACCAUCAAGGACUUGAAGCAAAUCUUCAACUUGUAA